AUAUGCUAAGAGAGUUUGCCAAAAGGGUCAUAUCGAUUAAAAAAUCCAAAUGGAAGUGCCUAGUGUUGCCAAAAACUUCCAAACCCUUUUCCUUUCUCUCCCUCCCAAACACCGCCUGAAGUCUAUGCAACGGUUGUAAAGCCCAUGCUCUGAGUUUGAGUUUUCUGCUCUCUCUCUCUCUCUCUCUCUCAGAGAACCCUAAUUCGUAGGGAAGUAUGAAGGAAAUUGUGACUGUUCAAGUUGGAGGGUUCGCCAACUUCGUUGGCUCUCACUUCUGGAACUUCCAGGAUGAGUUGCUUGGAUUGGCUUCGGACCCUUCUGGUGAUCCAGUCUUCAAGAAUGAUGCUUUAAAUAUGGAUGUGCUCUACCGUACUGGUGAGACACAACAGGGCACCCUUACCUAUACUCCUCGCCUGCUUUCAGUUAACUUCCAAGGAUCCCUUGGAUCAAUGAGUUCGUUUGGUACAUUGUAUAAUGAGGUUGCAUCUACACCACCAGAUGUUCUCACAUGGACUGGUAAUGUUUCCACUCAUGCAUCUGAACCUCGAAAGAGGAAUUUGUUCUUGCAAAGAUUGUAUGAAGAAGAACGGGAUAGUUUGACUCAGGAGAAUGCCACCAAUGGUGGGAAGAAUAAACCCCAGAGAGAAAUUGGGGAUGAGGAUAUAGUUGAAUUCUUAGAAAAUGGAGUCCAAUAUUGGACAGACUUCUCAAAAGUUCACUACCAUCCUCAAAGUUUAUAUGAAAUGAGUGGAUUAUGGAUGGGUGUUCAGGAAUUUGACAGUUAUGGAAUUGGAAGGGAUACCUCUCGGGCUUUACAAGAAGAAAUUAGUGAGAGGCUUCGCUUUUUUGUAGAAGAGUGUGACCAUAUACAGGGUUUUCAGUUCAUUGUCAACGAUUCAGUAGGCUUCUCAUCUAUAGGUGCCGAUUUUCUAGAGAAUAUUGCUGAUGAAUACACAAACACACCUGUGCUGCUCUAUGCUGUUAAGGAUCCUGGUUCUCACAUGAUCCCCAAAAGCCAAAAGCAAGUGGUCUCUAAGAAUCUUCAUGAUGCAGUUUCAUUUUCAAGACUAUCAUCCUUUUGUAAACUGAUUGUGCCAGUUGGUCUACCCUCCUUGAGAAGAAGUAAAGCUUCCACGUUCCUCUGUGUUGAAGAUGAGAAGCCUUACCACUGCAGUGCAGUUUAUGCCUCUGCUCUGCACGCUAUUAGUCUCCCUUUCCGAAUGGAACCACUUGGUCCCAGUGCAGAUUCAUGUUAUGUUUCUGGUGCUGUUGAUAUCCAUGGUGUUGUAGAAAUUUUAGCAGGGCAAGCUAGACAGAAUAGGGUGACCAUUCUCGAUGUUGCAAUGCCUGCACCUUCUUUGACUGGUAAACAGGUUGAGCAAUCUUUCUUAGGGAACUUGCAGACAUUGACACCUGAGAUAUCAGAGGAUGUGGAGGACUUGCAGGCGGUGGAAUCCAUGACCAUCCAUGGAGCUCUUGGAUCAGGAGGACAUCGGGCUCUAGUUUCUGAAGUGAAGGAUAUGGUUCGUGCUGCUUAUGAAAAUGCAACGACAAGACCAAGGUUCUGCAAUCUGUCAGUGGCCCUUUGUCCUCUUCCAAUACCUUUACCUUUUCCAAAAAUAUUUGGAAACCUUGUUGGCCAACACGGUGAGCUACUGGGUAGUCCAGUCGAUUCUCCAUUGAGGGGGUCACUUGACGUCCAUUCCAUCCCUUUGGCGGCUAGACUACGUUCUAGCAGUGCUGUCUUGCCAUUUCUGGAGAAUAGAUUGGGGAAUAUUCGUAGACUUGGAAUUCAGCAAGGGGCAGCUGGGGCUGAGAUAGUUAGAAAUUUAGGCUAUGGAAAGGAUGAAUUAGAAGACAUGGGGGAGACGCUAUCUAAAAUGGUUCUGGAAUUGGAUCCUUAUUCUCAGAUGUCUUCUGAUUCAGAUUAAGUUUCUAGUUUGUGUGUAAUAUUUGGUUUCUUUUUCGUUUGUUUUCUCAACUAAUGUACAUUUCUUGAAGAAAAUGGUUCAAUUUUGCCUUAA